ACCUUAUAAUUUCAUCAACCCCCAAACCAAAGGCUGAACCAAUCAACCAAAGCUUAAACCCUAACCGCUGCUUCAAUAACGAUUCUGUAUUUUGGGUAACUUUUACUUAGGCCAGUGAUGUCAGUUGCAGAUUCAUCACCAGCAUUAGAGAUUUUAGUUAGAGAGCCAGCGGGUUUUUCUAUAUGGAACGGGCCCCCUUUUAGUAAUAAUCAGCCUAGUAUAAAGCUCGAUAAAGUUCCCUGUACGAGUGCAAAAUUUAGCGAUGAUGGAUCCAGACUCAUGGUGAUAAAGUCCGAGUCUUCUAUUAGCAUCUUUGAUUGUAAAACCUUGAAAGAAAUAAGAGCUUUUGAGUCCCCCAACAUUCUUGCCGCUGCUUUAUCUCCAUGUGGGACUUAUCUUCAGACCUUCCAGAAAGCGGCGUCACCACAAGAAAAAAAUGUCACGUUAUGGAAGGUAGAGACAGGAGAAUUAGUUUAUUCUUUGUCUCAGAAGAACAUUACUAAGGCAACAUGGCCAACAAUCAGAUUUAACUCUGAUGAAGCAGUUGCUUCUCGUAUGGCAACAAAUGAGCUUCAGUUCUUUGAUGCUGCUGAUUUUUCCAAAGGCAUUGUACACAAGAUUAGAGUUCCUGGAAUAGCUUCAGCAGAGCUAUCUAAGAAUCCAGGAUCCCAUGUGGCUGCGUUUGUUCCAGAAUCCAAGGGAAUGCCUGGUAGUGUUCAGAUAUAUGCUUGUGCUCCCGGUUCCCAGACUGAACCCAUUACUCGAAGGAAUUUCUUCCGGUGUUCAUCAGUGCAACUACAUUGGAACCUCGGUUCGACAGGGCUUCUGGUUGUGGUGCAGGCAGAUGUUGAUAAAACCAACCAGAGUUACUAUGGAGAAACAAAGCUAAAUUACUUGACAUUAGAUGGCUCUUAUGACGGGCUGGUAUCACUACGUAAAGAAGGACCUGUACAUGAUGUUCAAUGGUCGAGCUCGGGAAAAGAGUUUGCAGUUGUUUAUGGAACUAUGCCGGCAAUGGCAACAAUAUUUGACAAGAAGUGCAAACCUCUGAUGGAGCUUGGGGAAGGCCCUUACAAUACCAUUCGUUGGAACCCAAAGGGAAGGAUUAUAUUAGUGGCAGGUUAUGGCAACUUACCUGGUUAUAUGGCAUUUUGGGACUACGUCGACAAAAAGCAACUUGGGACCACCAAGUCUGAAUGGUCAGUGACCAGUGAAUGGUCCCCUGAUGGACGCUAUUUCUUGACCGCCACAACAGCUCCAAGGCUGCAAGUUGACAAUGGGAUAAGAAUUUUCCAUUACAAUGGAAAAUCAUGCUUCAAGAAAAAGUUUGAUAAACUGUAUCAGGUUGAUUGGAAAGCAGAGUCAGCUGAUAAAUUUGGCGAAAUUGAAGAACUUGUCAAGUCUGUUGGCUCAUUAACAGUUGAAAGCAAACCACAAGGACAAGGGUCAAAAUCUUCCCAGACCCCUGUGAAACCGAUCAAUCCUCCUGUUCAGAAGAAACCUGCUGCAUAUAAACCACCUCAUGCAAAGGCUGCAGCUGCCAAAGAGGCAGAGCUCUUUGGGGGAAUCAGCCCUUCAGCAGAAAUGAGCAAGAAUGCAUUAAAAAACAAGAAAAAGAGGGAAAAACAGAGGGAGAAGAAGGCUGCUGAAGCUGGUUCUGCUGCAGACUAAAAACAGAACAAAGGGUUUUGUAUCAUUAAUUUGAGAUACGUAAGUCUUCUUAUCUUAGGGCAUUUGGACAAUUAGCGAUCACAAAUCUCAGUUGCCAGCUUCAGAUUUGUCACUUCUGGCUCUUCAGAACAAGUUUUUUUUUUGGUUAUUUAGAAUGAUCUAGGAACACUGUGUUUUGACCUGAGCUCAAACAUGCUACAUAUACCAAUAUACCAAUACAUUUAUAUAAUAACUCUUUUGGCAAAAA